AUGCAGAAGGGGCCUUCAGGUGCCGCUGGGCUGGGUGUAUACAAGGUUGGUUCGGGUUUCAAAGUGAGCAACAACGCGAGAGCCACGAAAAGUCACACAAGCAACAAUUUCGAUGUCAAGAUCCUGAUUGUUUUCUUGGUUUCGACUCAAAACAAGCGUUACGCAAUCACAAACGCCAGUAUCAUGUCAAAGAGAGCGACUGGGUGGUUCGAAAGAGAGCCCAUCCAGAGCAAGACGUUGGUCCUGAGCAACGUAACGCCGGCGAAUACGCCGCUAUGCCUCUCGCUGGAGCGCUCUACGAGCUCCCAUGGUACGUGUCACCGAAUUUUGACAUCGUCCAACAAAAUGCUUGCGGACUUGCAGCAGAAACGCAUAAGGAGGAACUUGUAG